UAGAAAGUUUUAACUCGUUAGGCAGAAUAAUAAUUUAGUUUCCUUAAGAUCAGCUCUCAUUUAUUAAUUAAAUUUGGGCACCCAUGGAUUCUCUGGACUUAGUGAGCCCUGACCUGUUCAGGUACAAAAGGAAGAACUUUUUGGUCAGGGACAAAUUGCGACCAAAGGAUCUUGAUGACCUCCAGCAUGUUGAGAUCCGUCCUACGGAUAUCUUCCUCAUCACAUACCCCAAGUCAGGCACAGUGUGGAUGCAGCAGAUCCUGGUCAAGAUCAUGGAGGCUGCACAGCCUGACUGGGUAGAAGAUGCCACCAACAGGGUACGAGUUCCUUGGCUGGAGGAGAGAACUGCAGACCACCCUUUCCGAGAAAGACCAGAUCCUCGGAUCUUUGGGUCACAUCUCCCCCCUGACAUGUUGCCCAAAGGAGUGACGGAUAAACGAGUCAAGGUUGUGUAUGUAUGGAGGAACCCCAAAGAUGUCCUGGUGUCCCUCUAUCAUUUUGCCCAAAGUUGGGUCAUGCUGGACUCACCUAAGAGCUUUGGGGAUUUCUUUCAGCAGUUCCUGGAUGGUAAUGCUUACAUGGGAUCAUGGUUUGAUCAUGUGAGAGAAUAUCAUGCAGCACAAGAUCAACUGGACAUCCUCUGGGUCCAGUAUGAAAGCAUGCUGAAGGACCUCAGAGGGGAAGUUGUGAAGGUUUGUGCUUUCCUGGGAAAAAACUUGACGGAUGAAGCCAUUGAUCAUGUUGUGGAGAUGUCUACCUUCAAAAACAUGAAGGCCGACCCUAAGGCAAACUACAAGGACCUUAUUGAAACCAACCGCUACAAGAAGAAAACCAUGCGCAAAGGUGUAGCAGGUGACUGGAAGAAUUUCUUCACCGUGGCCCAGAACGAACAUUUUGACAAAGUGUUCGAGGAGAGGAUGAGUGACUUGCCUCUGACCUGUGUCUGGGAGAUUAAACAGUAGCUCCUCUUGAACUUGGAUCAGCCUGAAACUGGAGAGUCUCCCUCAACAUGAGCUCACAAUCAAUUAAAACACCUGUCAUACUUGAAUGUAA